UCUUCUAUAUCCAGCUUCUCUGCUUCAAGUUAGCAGUCUUCAUAAUGGACAAUUUGGUUAGACCAUGGCGAGGAAAUGGUGGAACUAGCUGGGACGAUGGGACUUACCAUGGCUUGAGGGAGAUCACAACUUUCCCCUCACUCUAUUUUCCACAUGAACAUAUUUUUGAGGAUAGAAGUGAGAAGGUGAAACAAUUCAUAGAAGUUGGACCAUGGCGAAGAAAUGGUGGAACUAGCUUGGGCGAUGGGACUUACCAUGGCGUGAGGGAGAUCACUCUUGAAGAGAAUGGAAGUGAGGAAAUAGAAGUCGGACCAUGGGGAGGAAAUGGUGGAACUAGCUGGGACGAUGGGACUUACCAUGGCGUGAGGGAGAUCACUCUUGUUUUUGGCCAUUGCAUCGACUCGAUCUGCGUGGUUUAUGAUAAGAAUGGAAUGCCUGUGGCAGCAGAGAAGCAUGGAGGUGCUGGAGGCAAUCAAACAGCUGAGAUUAAACUGCAGUCCCCGGACGAGCAUUUGGUCAGCGUAAGUGGCUACUACAGUCCCAUGGUUCGUGGAGGCAGUCCGGUCGUUAGAUCGCUCACCUUCAAGAGCAACACAAGAACUUUUGGGCCAUUCGGGAUGAAACACGGCACACCAUUUUCUUCCCCGAUGGACUGUGGCCGGAUAGUCGGAUUCAUGGGACGAAGGAGCCACCACCUCGAUGCUAUAGGGUUCCAUGUGUCCCGAGCCAAACCGCCCAAUGUAGUUCAGCGCACCAUUUGCUUGCCCAAGUGGCGGGAUAGCCAUAUUCAAGGGACGAAUCUGGCAGCACCUCGAUGCUAUCGGGAUCCAUGUGUCUUAACCGACAAAUCCACUCCAUCGCCAGCACCACCGCUUCAGAACUUCUGAUGGCGGAGAAGGACGGAGUAGGGUAGAGGCCCUUGAAGUAUGCCUAUGCAUAGAUGGAUAAAUAAGCUGCUAUACAGACUGUCCAUUUUCUCCUCUGGUUGUAGUAAAGAGUAUGAAGUUUGUCCGACCGUUAUUGUGUUCCAGUUCGAAAGAGAUCUAUCACACAUAUGACUAGCAAACAUUACGUAUA